AUGAGCGCGGGGCGCAGCAGCUUCGACGGCUCGCGGGGAACGCGUGAGCGUGUUAGUGCACAAAUGCCGAGCGAGGCGGUGUCCGUGUGGGUCCAAGUGGGCGCGAACGUGCGACGCGGGUGUGAAAGCGGCGUGCGUGUGAGCAUGGGACGCAGAUCCCGGGGUCCUGGAGCGCCGCCCGCGUGCGGCCGCGACGUGCGGGAUGUGCCCUGCCUGCGGGGAGCGGCCUCGGGAGCUGGGCGGCCGGCGGAGGCCCCAGCGCCGUCCCAUACCACACUCCAGGCCGCGUUGGGCCGGGAGCCGGCGGGGCCGCGGGCGGCUGGGGGCCUGACAAAGGCCCGGCCUGCUGCGCGGCCCACUCGGGCGAGCCCAGCCCGCGGCCGGGGGCGGACCGGGGGCGUGGCCUGGCGCCGGGCCGGGGCGGGGCCUGGAGGACAGCGAGCGGCUGCUGCGGGCGGCGCCGAGCGAGCCAGCGAGCGAGGCCGGGCCAUGGGGCGGCGGGCGGCGGGCGCGCUGCUUCUGGCGCUGCUGCUGCACGGGCGGCUGCUCGCGGUGAGUGUGCGGGGCGGGGACCCGGGAGCGCCCGCCAACUUGGCGGGGGCCCUGGAGGCUGCGCGGCCGGGACUCUGGCCCGGGACCGCGGCGCCCGCCGAGGACCCCGGGCCGGCACAGAUCGGCGCCACCCCGCGGCGUGGGGCCACCCCAGGGGACACCCGGGGACCCAGCGUGGGUCUGGGGGCGGGGUCGGCCCGCGUGGAAUUCCUGGCUUUCGCGGCCACUUUGCCGAGGUUCAGAGUCACGCUGGGCAUGGCCCAGCCUGCCAUUCCUGGGGACCAGGAGGAGAAACUUCCAGCGGGGUGGGAACUUGGCAGGAUGAGGGUGACCCGCGGGCUCAGGGCAUAUGAUGGCUUGUCUCUGCCUGAGGACACAGAGACUGUCACCGUGGGCCGGGCUGGCUGGAGCUACGCAUACCUUUCUGACGAUGAGGACCUGCUGGCUGACGAUGCGUCUGGAGAUGACCUGGGCAGUGGAGAUCUGGGCAGUGGGGACUUCCAGAUGGUUUAUUUCCGGGCCCUGGUAAACUUCACCCACUCCAUCAAGUACAGCCCUCGGCUGGAGGACGCAGGCUCCAGGGAGUUCCGGGAGGUGUCUGAGGCUGUGGUGGACAAGCUGGAGUCGGAGUACUUGAAGAUCCCGGGAGACCAGGUCGUCAGCGUGGUAUUCAUCAAGGAGCUGGACGGCUGGGUCUUCGUGGAGCUGGACGUGGGCUCAGAAGGGAAUGCGGACGGGGCUCAGAUUCAGGAAGUGCUGCACACGGUCAUCUCUAGGGGCUCCAUCGACUCCUAUGUCACCUCCCCCCAAGGAUUCCAGUUCCGACGCCUGGGCACAGUGCCCCAGCUCCCCAGGGUCUGCACCGAGGCCGAGUUUGCCUGCCACAGCUACAAUGAGUGUGUGGCCCUGGAGUAUCGUUGUGACCGGCGACCUGACUGCAGGGACAUGUCCGAUGAGCUCGAUUGUGAGGAGCCUGUCCCAGAGCUGGGCCCCGGGCCAUCAGUGGUGGAGGCGACACCUCAAAUGCACUGGCCAGAGGCGGCCCCCACACGGAGGCCACCAGAGACCCUUGCUCCCCAUCCUCUGCUGCCCAGUCCAGGCAGCCCCGUGCCCUGUGGGCCUCAAGAGGCCAUGUGCCACAGUGGGCACUGCAUCCCCAAGGACUACCUCUGUGACGGGCAGGAGGACUGCAAGGACGGCAGCGACGAGCUGGGCUGCGAGCCCCCACCACCCUGUGAGCCCAACGAGUUCGCCUGUGGAAAUGGGCACUGUGCCCUCAAGCUGUGGCGCUGCGAUGGCGACUUUGACUGCGAGGAUCACACGGACGAGGCCGACUGCCCUGCCGGUCACUCUGAGGAUGUGUGCAAGCCCACGGAGUUCCGCUGUGUCUCCACCAACGCCUGCAUCCCUGCCAGCUUCCACUGUGACGAGGAGAGCGACUGUCCCGACCGCAGCGACGAGUUUGGCUGCAUGCCUCCCCAGGUGGUGACCCCUCCCCAGGAAUUGAUCCAGGCUUCCCGGGGCCAGACAGUGACCUUCACCUGUGUGGCCAUUGGUGUCCCCACCCCCAUCAUCAACUGGAGACUCAACUGGGGCCACAUCCCCUCUCAUCCCAGGGUGACAAUGACCACCGAGGGUGGCCGUGGCACACUGACCAUCCACGAUGUGAAGGAAGCAGACCAGGGCGCCUACACCUGUGAGGCCAUGAACGCGCGAGGCAUGGUGUUCGGCAUCCCCGACGGAGUCCUGGAGCUCAUCCCCCAGCGAGGCCCUUGCCCCGACGGACACUUCUUCCUGGAGCCCAGCGCCUCCUGCCUGCCCUGCUUCUGCUUCGGGGUCACCAGUGUGUGCCAGAGCAGCAGCCGCUUCCGGGACCAGAUCCAGCUGCGGUUUGACCAGCCCCACGACUUCAAGGGUGUGAACGUGACGAUGCCCUCCCAGCCCGGCAUGCCGCCGCUGUCCUCCACGCAGCUGCAGAUCGACACCGCCCUGCAGGAGUUCCAGCUGGUGGACCUGUCGCGCCGCUUCCUCAUCCACGACUCCUUCUGGUCUCUGCCGCAGCAGUUCCUGGGCAACAAGGUGGACUCCUAUGGUGGCUCCCUGCGCUACAAGGUGCGCUAUGAGCUGGCACGUGGCCUCUUGGAGCCAGUGCAGCGGCCAGACGUGGUCCUGGUGGGUGCCGGGCAUCGCCUGCUCUCCCGAGGCCACAAGCCCACCCAGCCCGGGGCCGUGAACCAGCGCCAAGUCCAGCUCUCUGAGGAGCACUGGGUGCACGAGUCCGGGCGGCCGGUGCAGCGGGCAGAGAUGCUGCAGGUGCUGCGGAGCCUGGAGGCCGUGCUUCUGCAGACGGUUUACAACGCCAAGAUGGCCAGCGCGGGGCUCAGCGACGUCACCAUGGACACCACCGUCACCCAUCCCACCAGCCACGGCCGUGCCCACAGCGUGGAGGAGUGCAGGUGCCCCGUCGGCUAUUCUGGCUUGUCUUGCGAGAGCUGUGAUGCCCACUUCACCCGGGUGCCUGGUGGGCCCUACCUGGGCACCUGCUCUGGCUGCAAUUGCAAUGGCCAUGCCAGCUCCUGUGAUCCUGUAUAUGGCCACUGCCUGAAUUGCCAGCACAACACGGAGGGACCCCAGUGCGACAAGUGCAAAGCUGGCUUCUUUGGGGAUGCCACCAAGGCCACGGCCACCGCCUGCCGGCCCUGCCCUUGCCCGUACAUCGAUGCCUCCCGCAGAUUCUCUGACACGUGCUUUCUGGAUACUGAUGGCCAAGCCACCUGUGACGCCUGUGCCCCCGGCUACACAGGCCGCCGCUGUGAGAGGUGUGCCCCUGGCUACCAGGGCAACCCCAUCCAGCCUGGCGGGAAGUGCAGGCCCACCAACCAGGAGAUUGUGCGCUGUGAUGAGCGGGGCAGCGUGGGGACCGCUGGAGAAGCCUGCCGCUGCAAGAACAACGUGGUAGGGCGUCUGUGCAACGAGUGUGCCGACGGCUCCUUCCACCUGAGUGCCCGGAACCCCGACGGCUGCCUCAAGUGCUUCUGCAUGGGUGUCAGCCGCCAGUGCACCAGCUCCUCCUGGAGACGCGCCCAGGUGUUGGGGGCCUCCUCGGAGCCCAGUGACUUCAGCCUGACCGACGCCGCAGGCACCCACACCACCAGCGAGGGCAUCUCGUCCCCCAUGCCCGGGGAGCUGGCCUUCUCCUCCUUCCACAGCCUCCUGUCUGGACCCUACUUCUGGAGCCUCCCUUCGAGCUUCCGGGGGGACAAGGUGACCUCCUACGGAGGAGAGCUGCGCUUCACAGUGACCCAGCGGCCCCAGCCGGGCUCUGCGCCCCUGCACGGGCAGCCGCUGGUGGUGCUGCAGGGCAACGGCAUCGUCCUGGAGCAUCACAGUGCCCGGGAGCCCGGCCCCGGCCAGCCCAGCGCCUUCACUGUGCCCUUCCGGGAGCAAGCCUGGCAGCGGCCUGACGGACAGCCGGCCACACGGGAGCACCUGCUGAUGGCGCUGGCGGGCAUCGAUGCCCUCCUGGUCCGAGCAUCCUACACCCAGCAGCCCGCUGAGAGCAGGAUCUCUGGCAUCAGCAUGGAUGUGGCUGUGCCUGAGGACACUGGCCAGGACCCUGCGCUGGAGGUGGAGCACUGUACCUGCCCGCCUGGGUACCGGGGCCCGUCCUGCCAGGACUGUGACACAGGCUACACACGCAUGCCCAGCGGCCUCUACCUGGGCACCUGUGAACGCUGCAGCUGCCACGGCCACUCGGAGGUCUGUGAGCCUGAGACUGGUGCCUGCCAGGGCUGCCAGCACCACACAGUGGGCCCCCGGUGUGAGCAGUGCCAGCCAGGAUACUACGGGGAUGCCCAGAGGGGCACGCCACAGGACUGCCAGCCGUGCCCAUGCUAUGGAGCCCCUGCUGCUGGCCAGGCUGCCCAUACCUGCUUUCUGGACACCGAUGGCCACCCGACCUGUGACUCGUGCUCGCCAGGCCACAGCGGGCGCCACUGUGAGAGGUGUGCCCCAGGUUACUAUGGCAACCCGAGCCAGGGCCAGCCUUGCCGGAGAGAUGGCCAACCACCAGAGGGGAUAGGCUGUGGCUGUGACCCUCAGGGCAGCAUCAGCAGCCAGUGUGAUGCUGCUGGUCAGUGCCAGUGCAAGGCAAAGGUGGAGGGUCUCACCUGCAGCCGCUGCCGGCCCCACCACUUCCACCUGAGCGCCGGCCACCCGGACGGCUGCCUGCCCUGCUUCUGCAUGGGAGUCACCCAGCAGUGUGCCAGUUCCUCCUACACCCGCCACCUGAUCGACACCCGCUUUGCCCCUGGGGACUUCCAAGGCUUUGCCCUGGUGAACCCUCAGCGGAACAGCCGCCUGACGGGAGGCUUCACCGUGGAGCCCGUGCCCGAGGGCGCCCAGCUCUCCUUCGCCAACUUCGCCCAACUUGGCCAUGAGUCCUUCUACUGGCAGCUGCCGGAGGCCUACCAGGGCGACAAGGUGGCGGCCUACGGCGGGCGGCUGCGGUACACCCUCUCCUACAGGGCAGGCCCACAGGGCAGCCCGCUCUCUGACCCCGACGUCCAGAUCACGGGCAACAACAUCAUGCUGGUGGCCACCCAGCCGGCUCUGCAGGGACCAGAGGGGAAGAGCUAUGAGAUCGUCUUCCGAGAGGAAUUCUGGCGCCGUCCCGACGGGCAGCCGGCCACCCGUGAGCACCUGCUGAUGGCGCUGGCCGACCUGGACGAGCUCCUGGUCCGGGCCACGUUCUCCUCGGUGCCGCUGGCGGCCAGCAUCAGUGCCAUCAGCAUGGAGGUCGCCCAGCCGGGGCCCUCCGCCGGACCCCGGGCCCUGGAGGUGGAGGAGUGCCGCUGUCCCCCAGGCUACGUGGGCCUGUCCUGCCAGGACUGCGCCCCUGGCUACACGCGCACAGGGAGCGGCCUCUACCUCGGCCACUGUGAGCUGUGUGAAUGCAACGGCCACUCAGACCUGUGCCACCCAGAGACCGGGGCCUGCUCGCAAUGCCAACACAACGCUGCCGGGGAGUUCUGCGAGCUGUGUGCACCUGGCUACUACGGAGACGCCACGGCCGGAACGCCCGAGGACUGCCAUCCCUGCGCCUGCCCGCUGACCAACCCGGAGAACAUGUUCUCCCGCACCUGUGAGAGCCUGGGAGCCGGUGGCUACCGCUGCACAGCCUGUGAGCCCGGCUACACCGGACAGUACUGCGAGCAGUGUGCCCCGGGUUACACAGGUAACCCCAACGUGCCAGGGGGCCGGUGCCUGCCACAGGCAGAUCGAGCCCCGCUGGUGGUCCAGGUCCACCCUGCUCGGAGCAUCGUGCCCCAGGGUGGCGCUCACUCCCUGCGGUGCCAGGUCAGCGGGAGCCCACCCCAUUACUUCUACUGGACCCGUGAGGAUGGGCGGCCUGUGCCCAGCAGCACCCAGCAGCGACAUCAAGGCUCUGAACUGCACUUUCCCAGCGUGCAGCCCUCUGAUGCCGGGGUCUACGUUUGCACCUGUCGGAACCUCCACCACGCCAAUACCAGCCGGGCAGAGCUGCUGGUCACUGAGGCGCCCAGCAAGCCCAUCACGGUGACAGUGGAGGAGCAGCGGAGCCAGAGCGUACGCCCCGGGGCGGACGUCACCUUCAUCUGCACAGCCAAGAGCAAGUCUCCCGCCUACACCCUGGUGUGGACGCGGCUGCACAACGGGAAGCUGCCCUCCCGCGCCAUGGACUUCAACGGCAUCCUCACCAUCCGCGACGUGCACCUGAGCGACGCGGGCACCUACGUCUGCACGGGCUCCAACAUGUUCGCCAUGGACAAGGGCACGGCCACGCUGCACGUGCAAGCCCCGGGCUCCUCGUCUGCUCCCGUGGUCUCCAUCCAUCCGCCACAGCUCACGGUGCAGCCCGGGCAGACGGCCGAGUUCCGCUGCAGCGCCACGGGCAGCCCCACACCCACCCUUGAGUGGAUAGGGGGCCCUGGUGGCCAGCUCCCUCAGAAGGCACAAAUUCACGGUGGCAUCCUGCGCCUGCCAGCGGUCGAGGCCUCGGAUCAGGCCCAGUACCUGUGCCGGGGCCUCAGCAGCGCCGGGCAGCACGUGGCCAGGGCCAUGCUUCAGGUGCACGGGGGCAGUGGGCCCAGGGUCCAGGUGAGCCCGGAGAGGACCCAGGUGCACGAAGGCCGGACGGUCAGGCUGUACUGUAGGGCCGCGGGUGUGCCCAGUGCCACCAUCACCUGGAGGAAGGAAGGCGGUAGCCUCCCCCCGCAGGCCAGGUCCGAGCGCACGGACAUCGCCACGCUGCUCAUCCCGGCCAUCACGGCUGCCGACGCUGGCUUCUACCUCUGUGUGGCCACCAGCCCCGCGGGCAGCGCCCAGGCCCGCAUUCAGGUGGUCGUCCUCUCAGCCUCGGGCGCCAGCUCCCUGCCCGUCAGGAUCGAGUCCUCAUCGCCCACUGUGACGGAAGGGCAGCCGCUGGACCUCACCUGUGUGGUGGCGGGGGUGGCCCACACACAGGUCACGUGGUACAAGCGAGGGGGCAGCCUGCCUCCCCACGCCCAGGUGCACGGCUCCCGGCUGAGGAUCCCCCAGGUUUCACCAGCGGACUCUGGAGAAUAUGUCUGCAGAGUGGAGAUGGAGUCGGGCCCCAAGGAGGCCUCCAUCAUGGUCUCCGUCCCCCACAGCACCCACUCGGGCCCCAACCACACCCUAGCCCCAGGCAGCACCCUGCCCAUCCGCAUCGAGUCCUCCUCCUCCCAAGUGGCCGAGGGGCAGACCCUGGAUCUGAACUGCGUGGUGCCGGGGCAGGCCCAGGUGACGUGGCACAAGCGUGGGGGCAGCCUCCCUGCCCGGCACCAGACCCACGGCUCGCUUUUACGGCUGCACCAAGUGUCCCCUGUGGACUCGGGAGAGUACGUGUGCCGCGUGGUCCUCGGCUCGGAGCGCUCGGAGGCCUCGGUCCUGGUCUCCAUCGAGCCCGCUGGCUCCAUCCCUGGACCCAGCCCGCCCGUCAGGAUUGAGUCCUCAUCCCCCUCAGUGGCCGAGGGGCAGACCCUGGACCUCAACUGCGUGGUGGCAGGGCAGGCCCAUGCCCAGGUCACGUGGUACAAGCGUGAGGGGAGCCUCCCGGCCCGCCACCAGGUCCGUGGCUCCCGCCUCUACAUCUUCCACGCCUCUCCAGGGGAUGCAGGAGAAUAUGUCUGCCGGGCCAGCAAUGGCGUGGAGGCCUCUAUCACAGUCACAGUAACCGGGACCCCAGGGGCCAACUUUGCCUAUCCCCCCGGCAGCACCCCGCCCAUCCGCAUCGAGUCGUCCUCCUCCCAAGUGGCCGAGGGGCAGACCCUGGAUCUGAACUGCGUGGUGCCGGGGCAGGCCCACGCCCAGGUCACAUGGCACAGGCGCGGGGGCAGCCUGCCCGCUCGGCACCAGGCCCACGGCUCACUGCUGAGGCUGCACCAGGUGUCACCUGCUGACUCCGGCGAGUACGUGUGCAGAGUGGUGGGCGGCUCCGUGCCCCUGGAAACCUCCGUCCUGGUCACCAUUGAGCCUGAGAGCUCCGUGCCUGCACUCGGGGUCACCCCGCCGGUACGAAUCGAGUCAUCGUCUUCCCACGUGGCUGAAGGGCAGACCCUGGAUCUGAACUGCCUGGUUACUGGGCAGGCCAACGCCCAGGUCACGUGGCACAAGCGCGGGGGCAGCCUGCCCUCACGACACCAGGUGCAUGGCUUAAGGCUGCGGCUGCCCCAGAUGACCCCAGCCGACUCUGGGGAGUAUGUGUGCCGUGUGGUCAGUGGCUCGGGCACCCAGGAAGCCUCAGUCCUUGUCACCAUCCAGCAGCGCCCCAGCCCCUCCCACCCCCAGGGCGUGGUGUACCCCGUGCGAAUCGAGUCCUCCUCGGCCUCGCUGGCCAAUGGUCACAUGCUGGACCUCAACUGCCUGGUCGCCAGCCAAGCUCCCCACACCAUCACCUGGUACAAACGCGGAGGCAGCCUACCCAGCCGGCACCAGAUCGUGGGCUCCCGGCUGCGGAUCCCUCAGGUGACUCCCGCCGACUCUGGCGAGUACGUAUGCCACGUCAGUAACGGGGCUGGUUCCCGGGAGACCUCGCUCAUCGUCACCAUCCAGGGCAGCGGCUCCUCCCACGUGCCCAGUGUCUCCCCGCCAAUCAGGAUUGAGUCCUCGUCCCCCUCGGUGGUGGAAGGAGACACCUUGGAUCUGAACUGCGUGGUGGCUGGACAGACCCAGGCCACCAUCACGUGGUACAAGCGUGGGGGCAGCCUGCCCUCCAGACACCAGGCCCACGGCUCCCGCCUGCGGUUGCACCAAAUGACCGUGGCCGACUCUGGCGAGUACGUGUGCCGAGCCAACAACAACAUCGAAGCCCAGGAGGCCUCCAUCAUGGUCUCGGUCGCCCCUGGCCCCAGCAUCCCUUCUGUCUCUGGCAGUGCUGUGCCCAUCAGGAUUGAGUCGUCUUCUUCACAUGUGGCCGAAGGGCAGUCCCUGGAGCUGAACUGUGUGGUCCCUGGGCAGGCCCAUGCCCAGGUCACGUGGCAUAAGCGUGGGGGCAGCCUGCCCACUCACCAUCAGGCCUACGGCUCCAGGCUCCGGCUGCACCAGGUGUCCCCUGCUGACUCGGGCGAGUAUGUGUGCCGUGUGCUGGGCAGCUCUGGCACCCAAGAGGCCUCAGUCCUGGUCACCAUCCAGGCCUCUGGAUCUAGUGCCGGCCAUGUCCCUGGUGAGGGAGGCACCCCACCCAUUCGCAUAGAGACCUCUUCCUCUCAAGUGGCCGAGGGGCAGACCCUGGAUCUGAACUGCGUGGUGCCCGGGCAGGCCCAUGCCCAGGUCACAUGGCACAAGCGAGGGGGCAGCCUGCCCGCCCGGCACCAGGUCCACGGCCACCUACUGAGGCUGAACCACGUGUCUCCUGCCGACUCUGGGGAGUACUCAUGCCAAGUGACAGGCAGCUCGGGGACCCUGGAGGCUUCUGUCCUGGUCACGAUUGAGGCUUCCAGCCCAGGCCCUAUUCCUGCCCCGGGACUGGCCCAGCCCAUGUACAUCGAGGCCUCUUCCUCACACGUGGCCGAGGGGCAGACCCUGGAUCUGAACUGCGUGGUGCCCGGACAGGCCCAUGCCCAGGUCACGUGGCACAAGCGAGGGGGCAGCCUGCCCGCCCGGCACCAGACCCAUGGCUCCCAGCUGCGGAUCCACCACGUCUCCCCGGCUGACUCGGGUGAGUACGUGUGCCGAGUGGCCGGCAGCGCAGGUCCUGAGCAGGAAGCCUCCUUCAUGGUCACAGUCGUCCCCAGUGCGGGGUCUUCCUACCGUCUCCGGAGCCCCGUCAUCUCCAUCGACCCACCCAGCAGCACCGUGCAGCAGGGCCAGGACGCCAGCUUUAAGUGCCUCAUCCACGAGGGGGCGGCCCCCAUCAGCCUGGAGUGGAAGACCCGGAACCAGCAGCUGGAGGACAAUGUCCACAUCAGCGCCGACGGCUCUACCAUCACCAUCGUGGGCAGCCGGCCCAGCAACCACGGGGCCUACCGCUGCGUGGCCUCCAACGCCUACGGCGUGGCCCAGAGUGUGGUGAACCUCAGCGUGCACGGGCCGCCCACGGUGUCCGUGCUCCCCGAGGGACCCGUGCGAGUGAAGGUGGGGAAGGACGUCAUCCUGGAGUGCAUCAGCACCGGGGAGCCCCGCUCCUCUGCCCGCUGGACCCGGGUGGGCACUCCUGCCAAGUUGGAGCCUCGGACCUAUGGGCUGGUGGACAGCCACACGGUGCUGAAGAUUGCAUCGGUAAAACCCUCCGACGCGGGCACCUACGUGUGCCUCGCCCAGAACGCCCUGGGCACAGCACAGAAGCGUGUGGAGGUGAUCGUGGACUCGGGCACUGCGGCCCCAGGGGCCCCCCAGGUCCAAGUUGAAGCAGCUGAGCUGACCUUGGAAGCUGGGCACACGGCCACACUGCGCUGCUCAGCCACAGGCAGCCCCACGCCCACCAUCCACUGGUCCAAGCUGCGCUCCCCCCUGCCCUGGCAGCACCGGCUGGAAGGCGACACGCUGGUCAUCCCCAGGGUGGCCCAGCAGGACUCGGGCCAGUACAUCUGUAAUGCCACCAGCCCUGCAGGGCAUGCCGAGGCCACCAUCAUGCUGCACGUGGAGAGCCCACCGUAUGCCACCGUCGUCCCGGAGCACGCGUCCGUGCGGGCAGGGGAGACCGUGCGGCUCCAGUGCCUGGCCCACGGCACGCCCCCGCUCAGCUUCCAGUGGAGCCGCGCGGACGGCACCCUCCCCCAGAGUGCAGCCGCCAGGAACGAGCUGCUGCAGUUUGAGGCCACAGGCCCUGAGGACUCUGGCCGCUACCGCUGCCAGGUCGCUAACAGGGUGGGCUCAGCAGAGGCCUUUGCCCAGGUGCUUGUCCAAGGUCCCUCAGGCUCUCAGCUUGCCACCCAUGUCCUGGCAGGAUCCACGCCCACCGUGCAGGUCACCCCUCAGCUGGAGACCAAGAGCAUUGGGGCCAGUGUUGAGUUCCACUGUGCCGUGCCCAGCGACGCGGGCACCCAGCUUCGUUGGUUCAAGGAAGGGGGCCAGCUGCCUCCUGGCCACAGCGUGCAGGAUGGGGUGCUCCGAAUCCACAACCUAGACCAGAGCUGCCAAGGGACAUAUGUUUGCCAGGCCCAUGGGCCUUGGGGACAGGCCCAGGCCAGUGCCCAGCUGGUUGUCCAAGCGCUGCCCUCGGUGCUCAUCAACAUCCGCACCACUGUGCAGACCGUGGUGGUCGGCCAUGCCGUUGAGUUUGAGUGCCUGGCACUGGGUGACCCCAAGCCUCAGGUGACGUGGAGCAAAGUUGGAGGACACCUGCGGCCUGGCAUCGUGCAGAGCGGAAAUGUCAUCAGGAUCGCCCACGUGGAGCUGGCCGACGCAGGACAGUACCGCUGCACCGCCACCAACGCGGCCGGCACCACCCAGUCCCAUGUGCUGCUGCUUGUGCAAGCCUUGCCCCAGAUCUCCACACCACCAGAGGUGCGUGUGCCCGCCGGCUCUUUGGCUGUCUUCCCCUGCAUGGCCUCCGGCUACCCGACUCCUGACAUCACCUGGAGCAAGGUGGACGGCCACCUGCCCCCCGACAGCCGCCUGGAGAACCACAUGCUCGUGCUGCCCUCCGUGCGGCCCCAGGACGCAGGCACCUACGUCUGCACCGCCACCAACCGCCAGGGCAAGGUCAAAGCCUUUGCCCAUCUGCAGGUCCCAGAGCGGGUGGUGCCCUACUUCACCCAGACCCCCCACUCCUUCCUGCCGCUGCCCACCAUCAAGGAUGCCUACCGGAAGUUUGAGGUCAAGGUCACCUUCCGGCCAGACUCAGCUGAUGGGAUGUUGCUGUACAACGGGCAGAAGCGGACCCCGGGGAGCCCCACCAGCCUGGCCAGCAGGCAGCCCGACUUCAUCUCCUUCGGCCUCGUGGGCGGAAGACCCGAGUUCCGGUUUGAUGCAGGCUCUGGCAUGGCCACCAUCCGCCACCCCACCCCACUGGCCCUGGGCCAGUUCCACACGGUGACCCUGCUGCGCAGCCUCACCCAGGGCUCACUGAUUGUGGGCAACUUGGCCCCAGUUAAUGGGACCUCCCAGGGCAAGUUCCAGGGUCUGGACCUGAACGAGGAGCUGUACCUGGGCGGGUACCCCGACUACGGUGCCAUCCCCCACGCAGGGCUGAGCAGCGGCUUCGUAGGCUGUGUCCGGGAGCUGCGUAUCCAGGGUGAGGAGACCAUCUUCCAGGACCUCAACCUCACUGCGCACGGCAUCUCCCACUGCCCCACGUGCCGGGACCGGCCCUGCCAGAACGGGGGCCAGUGCCAGGACUCGGAGAGCAGCAGCUACGUGUGCGUCUGUCUGUCUGGCUUCACAGGGAGCCGCUGCGAGCAUUCCCAGGCCCUGCACUGCCACCCCGAGGCCUGUGGGCCCGACGCCACCUGUGUGAACCGGCCCGAUGGCCGAGGCUACACCUGCCGCUGCCACCUGGGUCGCUCGGGGGUGAGGUGUGAGGAAGGUGUGACAGUGACCACACCGUCCAUGUCGGGCGCUGGCUCCUACCUGGCGCUGCCCGCCCUCACCAACACACACCACGAGCUGCGCCUGGAUGUCGAGUUCAAGCCGCUGGCACCAGAAGGCAUCUUGCUGUUCAGUGGGGGGAAGGCCGGGCCUGUGGAGGACUUUGUGUCCCUGGCCAUGGUCGGCGGCCACCUGGAGUUUCGCUAUGAGUUGGGGUCAGGUCUGGCUGUCCUGCGAAGCAUGGAGCCGCUGGCCCUGGGCCGCUGGCACCGCGCGUCCGCAGAGCGUCUCAACAAGGACGGCAGCCUGCGGGUGGACGGCGGGCGCCCCGUGCUGCGCUCCUCCCCCGGCAAGAGCCAGGGCCUCAACCUGCACACCCCCCUCUACCUGGGCGGCGUGGAGCCCUCAGUGCCGCCCUCCCCGGCUGCCAACGUGAGCGCCCACUUCCGCGGCUGCGUGGGCGAGGUGUCUGUGAAUGGCAAGCGGCUGGACCUCACCUACAGCUUCCUGGGCAGCCGGGGCAUCGGGCAGUGCUACGACAGCUCCCCCUGUGAGCGCCAGCCCUGCCAGCACGGCGCCACGUGCAUGCCCGCUGGCGAGUACGAGUUCCAGUGCCUGUGUCAAGACGGCUUCAAAGGAGACCUCUGUGAGCACGAGGAGAACCCCUGCCAGCUCCAGGAGCCCUGUCUGCAUGGGGGCACCUGCCAGGGCACCCGCUGCCUCUGUCUCCCUGGCUUCUCUGGCCCACGCUGCCAACAAGGCUCUGGACAUGACGUGGCAGAGUCCGAGUGGCAUCUUGAAGGCAGUGGGGGUAACGAUGCCCCCGGGCAGUACGGAGCCUACUUCCACGACAACGGCUUCCUCUCCCUGCCCAGCCGCGUCUUCUCCAGGAGCCUGCCUGAAGCACCCGAGACUGUGGAGCUGGAGGUUCGGACCAGCACGGCCAGCGGCCUCCUGCUCUGGCAGGGCGUGGAGGUGGGAGAGGCCGGCCAUGGCAAGGACUUCAUCAGCCUCGGACUGCAGAAUGGGCACCUGGUCUUCAGCUACCAGCUAGGCAGCGGGGAGGCCCGCCUGGUCUCUGAGGACCCCAUCAAUGACGGCGAGUGGCAUCGUGUGACAGCACUGCGAGAGGGCCGGCGAGGCUCCAUCCAGGUUGAUGGCGAGGAGCUGGUCAGCGGGCGGUCCCCAGGCCCUAAUGUGGCAGUCAACACCAAAGGCAGCGUCUACGUCGGCGGAGCCCCGAACGUGGCCGCGCUGACCGGGGGCAGGUUCUCCUCGGGCAUCACGGGCUGUAUCAAGAAUCUGGUCCUGCACUCGGCCGGGCCUGGCGCGCCACCCCCGCAGCCCCUGGACCUGCAGCACCGCGCCCAGGCGGGGGCCAACACACGCCCAUGCGCCUCCUAGGCACCUGCUGCCCCACACGGACUCCGGGCAGGGCCCCCGCCAACCACAUCGAGUAUAUUAUUAUUAAUAUUAUUAUGGUGAAUUUUUUGUAAGAAACCGAGGCAAUGCCACGCUUUGCUGCUACGCCCUGGGCUGGACUGGAGUGGGCACGCCACCCCCCCACACGUGGACAGGGCCGCAGGCGGGUGGGCAGGCAGGCAGGAGGGGAGUAGGUUGCCUCGGAAGGCCACCAGGACUCGGGGCCGGCACGGGGGCUGGGUGGAACUGCCCCUGCUCUUCUGCCCACAGGGGGCUUCCCAUCAUAGAGUUGGGGUGCCAUCUGGGCCGCCCUUGGGCACCCCUUCUUCCACAGAGAGCAAACCUUAGCUCACCACCUGGGGCCUAAGAGCAGGCGCCUCAGUGGCCGUGCCCACCUCUCUCCAGAGCUCUUCAGUGCCCGCUGUGGAACCUGCCUCCUCCUAGACAGCAGGGCCACCUGCCCCGGCAGCCUCCCCCCAAGCCCUCCGGCCUGCACCCCACCCCAACACCCAGCCCAGGGCCCUGCCCUCAGGGGCUGCAAGGGAAACCCCUUCCAACUCUCACUGGCAGCUGCCACAGGCAGAGGCCACCCUGAGAGGCCUCCUGCCACACCAGGCCACACCCCCCACUCAUCUGGAGGUGAAGGCCCAGGGAUGUGGGGGAGCCUUUGGUCAGGAGGAGCAGUGCCUUGGGCGGGGGAAGCGAGACUCCUGACUGGAGGGAGAGGAGGGGAAGUGACCGCGCUGCCCGCCUGAGAGCCUCAGGACCCAGCGGGGUCAGCGGGCCCUGGACUGUGGCAUUGGACCCCUGGCCUCAGGGUCCUACAAGGGACCCUGCUGUGGUCUUUGUCUUGAUUUUUCUUAAUAAACGGUGCUAUCCCC